UCACCCUGCAUGGGCUCGAGAAAGGAGAAGCGAGAGAGUGUUGGGGUUGUCCACACUGGGCUGGAGAGACACUCCCUCUGAGCAUCUUUCCAGGGAUGCCGCAGGCCUGUUUCCCAAGAAGACAAGCCAGGCUGAAUGCCUUUAGGAGAGAGUAAUUCGUUGGAUAAUUCACUGCCAUCUGUUUGUCCUCUAGAAAAAGCAGACCCUCAAGAGAGAAGAACCCAAGACAGGGAAGAACUAAGACAGGACAAGUACAUCAAAUUCUGGGGACUUCCCAAGUGGGGGGAUGACUUGAAGCUGUGUGUGAAUCAUGAGGCCAGCAUGUGCAGCUGUGCCUCCCAGCCACAGAACUGCAUGCAUCAGCUCACUGAAUCACCAGAUCCUUCCAGGGGCAGCGAUCGCUGCCGGCAUUUUGUUAUCAACCAGCUCCGAAACCGUCGCUACCUCAUCUCGGGUGACACCCUCAGCCACAGCACCCUGGCCGAGCUGGUGCGCCAUUACCAGGAAGUGCAGCUCGAGCCCUUUGGGGAGACCUUGGCUGCUGCCUGCCCCCGGCCAGAGGACAAUGAUCUGUAUGAUGCUAUUACCCUGGGCCUCCACCAGACCAACCUGGAAAAUCCACCUGCAUCCCCCACAGUGGUCCCCGACAAGGCUGCCAGCCCCUGCCCCUCUGCAAAGCCACAGGUCUCCUUCCUCCACACAAAGAAGAGCCUGGAUGUGAGUCCCUGGAACCCCUCCAAGGAGGAAAGCACAGAGACCCCCACCAAGGUACCCCCCCUCCCUGAGAGGAGUACCUCCCUCCUGGAUGAGUCUUUUUCAGGCCCCAGUGACAUCAUCUACGCAGACCUGAAGAAGAUGAACCAGGCACGGCUAGGCCCGGGCACAGAAGCAUCCAGCAGGCAUGGGUCAAUUCCAGCUAGCAGCCAGGCCUGCUCCCUAGGCAGGGAGGUUCUGAAGAGACCUUCAGAUGGAGACCAGAAUAGACCUGAUGGCCCAGGGCCUGCCCUCUCUGGGGUGAGUCCCGACCAGGGCUCUACAAUGUCUUCCACGUCCUGGGGGUUUCUCCUGGCCCCCAGUUCUGAGGCCCUGGGAUCUCGGGCUGCUACCUGGAGGCAGGGGUUUCUGAAACAAGGUCACGAGGCUCAGUCCUGCUCCCAGGGCAUCUCUGCAGAUUCGUAUGAGCUUGUUGGGACAGCAGACCAAGGAGGCAGUCCUUAUGAGCAGAUUCCAGCUUGUUGGAGUGGCCCAGUUAGGCCUCCACAUCCUGGGGCCAGUCCCACAUAUAGCAAACUGUCAAGGCCUGCGGACUGUAGCUAUGAGAAGAUCUUGGGGACCCCAGAGCUCCCAGAGCCUGGGAACACCUAUGAGCAAAUCCCAGCAGCCAAGAGCAAGGAGUCUGGACGAACACACAAGGUGAGCUCUAUGGGUGGGAUGGGAGGCUAGCUGAUCUUAGGGAACACCCGGUGAUAGUAAGGGGACCUGUAGCUUUUAGGCAUUGGCAGGUCAGGACACUUCCAUUGCCCACAAUUUUCUAGCCCUGACAUCCACCUGGUGGAGAUAGUACUGAGAAAAGCAGCUGCUUGAUUUGAGUGUUAGAUGGGGCCUUCAAGCCCAUCUAAGAGCUUUCUCUGCAGAAGACCAGGCUCUCUGGCCCUCUCUCAGCCACUGCAGGGGCCUUGGAGCUCUGAGAAAUGAAGAAGGGCCCCUUAGCUCUAAUCAUGGUUGAGCCACUCCUAGUUUUGUAACUUUGGGCAAGACAACUUCCCUGGCAACUAAGGUUGCCAGAUUUAGCAUGAUAAAAUAUAGAGCAUAUAAGUAAAUUUGAAUUUCAGAUAAACAAUAAAUAUUUUUUUAAAAAUGUCUCAAGUAACUGCAAUUAUUCCCUAUUUAUCUGAAUUCAAACUUAACUGGGCAUUCUAUAUUAUUUGGCAACCCUA